AUGUGUGCUUAUUUGGUUACAUCUUCAAGUACCCAUUGCUUGAAGCUUCAUAUCGAUGGAGCUCGCAUCUUCCAUGCGUCUGCGGCACUUGGAGUUCUUGUAGAUAGACUCGUGAAAGCUGCUGAUUCAGUUUUGGUAUGCCUAUCGAAAGGGUUAGGCGCACCCGUCGGAUCAGUGAUUGUUGGUUCAAAGGCCUUCAUUGACAAGGCCAGAAUUCUCCGGAAGACCCUAGGCGGUGGAAUAAGACAGGUGGGAGUUCUUUGUGCUGCUGCUCAUGUUGUCGUUCGUGACACUGUGGGAAAGCUUGCGGAUGACCACAAAAAGGCUAAAGCUUUGGCAGAGGGACUGAAGAAAAUCGAGCAGAUUACAGUGGACUCAGCUUCGGUCGAGACCAAUAUGGUAUUCUUUGAGGUCAUGGAUCCAAGAAUAUCACCUGACAAACUGUGUCAAGUCUUGGAACAGCACAACGUGCUUGCAAUGCCAGCCAAUUUAACACAUCAUCUCUCAUUGUUCUAGUUGAGCAUGAUGAUCUUGGUAGUU